AUGCAGCUGGAACAGAAUCAUAAUAUGACAGUCAAUGAGUACAAGAGAAAGUUUACAGAGCUAUCCCGAUUCGCUCCUCACAUUGUUGCGAAUGAAUUGCACAAGGUCAAAAAGUUUGAACGGGGAUUGAUCUCUCAUGUAAAGAAGUUUAUGAAACAGAAGGAGCGUAGGGCAGAACAGAAAGGUAAGGGGACUAGCAGCUCUCAACAGAAUCAGAGGGGUCAGCAGCAGCAGACUCAGAGAAACUGGCAGGGUCAGUCUUGGCAGAGAGGUAGACAAGAUUGGCAAGCAGGGAAACGACAGAGAGUUGGUGAAGGACAUUUGGCUCGUAAUUGUCCCAAGCCUCACAAGAAUAACCAGCAGAAAGGUCAGGCACCGCAGCAGCAAGGAGGUGCAAGGGUUUAUGCAGUUGUUCCAGAUGGGAGACAGGAUCGUGCACCACCAGCAGUGGAAGAACCUGGACAUAUAAGUAAUGCCUUAUCUAUUACAACUCCACUCGGGAGUGCGACGACACUUGAUAGAAUAUGUCGUGCUUGCCCUGUUACACUUGGGGAGUUGGAGUAUCCUAUUGAUUUAAUAGUAUUACGUAUGAGAGACUUUGAUGCUAUACUGGUUCCAGGACAGUUACCUUCUCGAUAUAAGUGUGGGGGGUUCGAGGGCACCAUGACUAUGGGAUUUCUGGCCCACAUCAAGGUGGUUGAGCAAUGCGUGACUAUAGAGCAGUUGUCUACAGUGUCAGAGUAUGCAGAUGUGUUUCGGGAUAUUCCGCGUUUGCCUCCUAGGAGGGCAGUGGAUUUCUGCAUCAACCUUACUCCUGGUAUUUCACCUAUCUCUAGGGCACCUUACAGAAUGGCGCCAGUUGAAUUGAGUGAGUUGAAGAAGCAGACUCAAGAGUUGCAAGAUCAGGGUUUAUUCAACCUAGCACAUCACCUUGGGGAGCACCUAGGGGCGCAGUUGUUUUCUAAGAUUGACUUGAGGACUGGGUACCAUCAGCUGAGGAUUAGGGAGGAGGAUAUUCCUAAGACUGCCUUUAGGACUCGUUAUGGCCUCUAUGAGUUUUUAGUCAUGCCUUUUAGGUUGACUAACACUCCGGCAGCUUUUAUGGAUUUGAUGAACCAAGUGUUUCAACCUUACUUGGAUCAGUUUGUUGUGGUAUUUGUUAAUGACAUCCUGAUAUAUUCCAAGACUAAGGAGGAGCAUAAGAGACACUUAAGCAUUACACUUCAGACUUUGCGAGAGCAUCAGCUCUGUGCUAAGUUUGAGAAGUGUGACUUUUGGAAUGAGCAGAUUCAGUUUUUGGGGCAUAUGAUCUCUAAGGAUGGAGUUUCAGUAGAUUCUGCCAAGGUGGAGGCUGUAAUGAGUUGGAAACAGCCUACUACUGUCACUGAGAUUCGUAGCUUUUUGGGAUUGGCAAGAUACUAUAGGCGCUUCAUUGAGGGUUUCUCCAAGAUUGCUAUACCUUUAACCCGUUUGACUUGGAAGGAUGUGAAGUUUGUUUGGGAUCACCGCUGUGAGCAGGCAUUUGAGGAGCUGAAGACGAGAUUGACUUCGGCACCAGUUCUUACCAUUCCUGUUAGUGGUGAGAGAUUUGUGAUCUACACAGAUGCAUCACAUCAGGGUCUUGGCUGUGUUUUGAUACAAGAUGAUAAGGUGGUAGCGUAUGCCUCUAGGCAGCUUAAGCCACAUGAGCAUAAUUACCCUACACAUGACCUGGAAUUGGCAAUAGUGGUUCUCGCAUUGAAGGUGUGGAGGCAUUACUUGUAUGGUGAGGAAUUUGAGUUAUUCUCUGAUCACAAGAGCCUCAAAUAUCUCUACAGUCAGAAGGAGUUCAAUAUGAGGCAACAGAAGUGGAUGGAGAAGAUGAAGGAUUUUGAUAUGACCCUUCAGUAUCAUCCUGGAAAGGCUAAUGUGGUAGCGGAUGCCUUGAGUCGAAAACCGAGGGGAUUAGUUACCUUUAUGAUGAUUCAGGAGUGGAUGAUGCGGAUCAUUUAUGCUCAAACUCAGGAUGACAAGUUACAGACCAAAGCAAUUCAGGUUGUUAAUGAUGAAUGUAAUGUUGACCGGACGUAUGAAGCUGAUGGUGGUAUAAGAUUUCGAGGUAGGCUAUGUGUUCCAGAUUUAGCAGACCUCAAGAGAGAUAUUUAA